AUUAAAAGAAACAGAGAAAAAAUAAAAUGCAAAAGUGACAACCCGUGCACCCUAGAGCACGUUAGUGAAGCUGAUCUUAGAAAUAUAUGAAUCUGCGUAGAGCCUGAACUUCCUGACUCGCCAUCAUCCCAAAGUCGGCGCAUGUUAGCAUAAUAACCGGAAUCUCAUUUGGUCUGGGCGUAAAGAAUGUUUACUUCUCCUGAAUUGUGAUUAGCAUUAGAAUCCGUUGAUCGAUCUCUUCUCCAUAUCUCGACCAUCGAAUCCCUUUGCUCCUGCCAAAUCAAUCUGUUAGCUCUCUUUACCUUAAUUUUCAAUCCAAUCUAUAGUCCAAUUAAUGCUAUGAUCUUUUUUUUUUUUGAAUUUUAACUUCUUUUUUAAUGUUUCCAGUAUGAUGUUUAUAUAGCAUUUUGUCUUUGCAAUUUUGUUUAGAUUAAUUGUUUAUUAUGUUACAUAAUUUCAUUUUUUGAUAAAGAAAAAAGGGAAACAAAAUACAUUUCUUCUUUUUUUUUUUUUUUUUUUUUCAAUUUCUUUUAAAUGUUGAAUGUUAGAAUUUACAAUUUUAAAUAAUGUUGUACUCAGUUGAUUAUUGUUGGAUGAGCUAAAUGAGCUAAUUGUUGAAUUUUUUUAUACAUCAUAAUUUUCAUUGAUUUCCUUUUAUCUUGAAAUCCAAGAUCAACCAUUUGCAACAACUGACAAUAGAUAGAGCUAUGAGUUAUGACAUAAUAAUAGAAAGUGACUAUACUGCAUCUUUCUCUUUCAUGGAGUAAUAUGUAUUAGGAGAAGAGAUCGAGAAACAUAGUGGAUAUAAAUAAUAUGAGGAAACCUCCUUCAUUGGUAGAUCUUUGUGUUAGAAUGGCAAUAGAUAACGUAAGAUACCUUGGGGAUGACGGUGAGACAGAUUCACAUCUUCUUGAACGUAUUCUGCCGCAUUGUACAAUGGAUCAAUUAUUGCACGUGGAGAGGAGUAGAAAAGGAAGGGAUCUUAGUUCAGUAACUGAUAAACUAUGGAAGAAUUUCUAUGACCUGCAGUUUGGUCGUGCGAGUACUAAACUUGUAAUUGAGAGGAUGAAGCUCAAGAGAGUGUCAUUUAGAUGGAGACAGUUGUAUGAGGAAAAUUGAAGGACGUUCAGGAGGUUGAGAACAAAGCAAUUGAUCGGCUUAAUCAACUAUACAAGAAAGAAGAUGCUUG